AUGUCAAUCGAAGAACAAUUGAUGAGAGAAAGACAAAGAAUCGUUGCUCAUGGUAUCACUUCAUAUCAAUAUAAUGAUUCUAAUAAACAAUUUUUAGCAGCAAUGGGAAAUGAUUUAAAUGUUAUUGAUGUUAAACAAUCAAUUGAACAACCAAUUGUAACAAAGACCACUGCUGGUACAUUUGAUCCAAAGUUUUCAUGUGAUGGUAAAUUCAUUGCCUAUAUUCAAAAUGGUGAUAUCUGGGUCAAUGAUGUUGAUAAUUCUAAAUCAACAAGACUUACCUUUUCUUCUGAAAAGAAAUUUGUUUCAUCUGGAGAAUCAAAAUUUGUAUAUUCUGAAGAAUUUUCAAGAUAUACAGGAUAUUGGUGGCGUCCAGUUGUAGAUACCAAUCAAUCAGAUGGUACCAAAACCUAUUCAAUCUUUUAUUUUGAAGAAAGUGAAGAAGAGGUUCGUGACUUUUACAUUGAACAGUAUGGAUACAAAGGUCAAGUAACUCACUACAAAUAUCCAUUGGCUGGUGAUAAAAACUCUACCAUUAAACCUGCUAUUGUUACCUUUUCUGUUAAUUCUUCUAAAGAAAACUAUUCAACAUCAUCUCAAGUUAGAUAUUUAUAUCCAAUGGAAAAUCAGUAUCAAUGGGCAGAAUAUUAUGUUAGAGGUGGAUGGAUGCCAAAUGGACAUAGUGUCUAUGUUGAACUGUUGGAUAGAAAACAACAACAUUUGGCAUUGGUAGUUGGUAGUUAUGAGGGUAUUGUGAAUGGACCAGAAGGUAAACCAAUGGAAUACCAAACAUUGAUAGAGGAGACAUCAAACUAUUGGAUCAAUGUAAGAGAUCAAUUACACUUUUUAAAGAAAUCCAAUGCUUUGGUUUGGGGUAGUGAACAGAGUGGCUACAAUCAUCUCUACCUCGUCAGUUGGGAAGGUGGUGACAGCAACCAACCAUCGUUUACCAAUAUAUCGAAACGUCAACUCACCUCGGGUGACUGGGUGGUCAAUGUUGACAGUGCUUGGAUCGAUGAGACACGUAAACUUGUCUAUUUUGUAGCAAACAAGGAUACACCUCUCCAAAACCAUCUUUAUGUUACUAGUUUAGAUACUAUUAAUGUUGUAAGAUUAACAAAGGAGGGGUUCGACCAUACAUCCAUUCAAAUGUCACCAACAUUUACAAGAUUUGUAUCAAAUUAUUCAAAUGUAAAUACUCCACCAACUUCUGAAAUUUAUAAUUUAGAAUAUUCCUCAAACUCUUCCUCAUCCUCUUCAUAUCCAACAGCUGUUGCAUAUGCUACAAUUACCAACCCAAGAAUAUUACCAGUUCCAUUGAGAUCACCAAAGUUAUUUGAUUUUGUCAAUUCCAAAGGUGUAAAGUUAUAUGGUUACUACUUUUUACCAGAAGGAUAUGACUCUGCCAAAAAGUAUCCAACCAUUGUACAUGUAUAUGGAGGACCACAUGUUCAAUUGGUCAAAGACCAUUUCACUCAGAUGCGUCAGUUGUACAGUACCUUUGGCUUUAUCAGUGUCUAUCUAGAUAAUGUCGGAUCGUUUGAUCGUGGUAUAGAGUUUGAAGCAUUGAUCAAGCACAAGAUGGGAACCGUCGAAAUACAAGAUCAAGUCGAUGGUGUCGAACAUCUCAUCAACAACCAAAACAUCUCUAUCGAUCGUUCAAGAAUCGCUAUCACUGGUUGGAGUUAUGGUGGAUAUCUUUCUCUGAUGGCUAUUGCCCAACGUCCAGACUUUUUCAAGAUUGCCAUCUCUGGUGCUCCCGUAACUUUCUGGGAAGCUUACAAUACCGGCUACACAGAACGUUAUAUGGAUACUCCAAACAACAAUCAAAUUGGUUAUAAAGAAGGAAGUGUAUUAAAUUAUAUUAAUAAUUUCCCAAAUGAACCAAAUAGAUUGAUUAUUGUUCAUGGACAACAAGAUGAGAAUGUUCAUUUUGCAAAUACAUCAAUGUUGGUAGAGGAAUUAUCGACUAAAGGUAAACCUUAUAUUCUUCGUAUACUUGGUAAUGAACGUCAUGGUGUUAGAGAUUUAAAUAGUAGAGUUAACCUUGAAUGUCAUCAUAUCAAUCAUUUGUUAAAGAAUCUCUAA